AUGGAGCCGCAAAUCCCUCCACCGCUAACCUCUGACUCACUCACGUUCAAGGUGCACCGACGGCAGCCGGAGCUAGUUUCUCCAGCGAAACCAACACCGAGAGAGCUCAAACUACUCUCCGACAUCGACGACCAAGAAGGACUAAGAUUCCACAUUCCCACUAUCUUUUUCUACAGACGCAACCCUACUGCUUGUUACUCCGAUCCGGUCGCAGUGAUUCGGAGAGCCCUCGCAGAGACGCUUGUUCACUUCUACCCGAUGGCAGGUAGACUCCGGGAAGGACCGAACCGGAAACUCGCCGUGGACUGUACCGGCGAAGGUGUGUUGUUCAUCGAGGCAGAUGCGGACGUUACACUUGUUGAGUUUGAAGAUAAGGAUGCUCUUCGUCCUCCUUUCCCUUGCUUUGAAGAGCUUCUUUUUGACGUUGAAGGCUCAAGUGAGGUGCUACACGCACCUAUGAUUCUCAUCCAGGUCACGCGCCUAAAAUGCGGCGGUUUUAUCCUCGCCUUACGUAUCAACCAUGCAAUUGCCGACGCCGCCGGUCUCUCCCUCUUCCUGAAAACGAUGUGCGAAUUCACACGUGGAUCUCACACUCCUACCGUUGCUCCGGCGUGGGAACGUCACCUUCUGAACGCCAGAGUACCGGCGAAUGUGACACAAGCGCACCGCGAGUACGACGAACAGACGUCGGCUCGUACAGAAUGCGCCACCGGCGACGGAGAAACUCUGGUCAGACAGUCCUUCUUCUUCGGCGGCGGCGAGAUGUCCGCCAUAAGGAGGCUUCUCCCAUCUAAUCUCGCCAACCGCAGCACCGAUUUGGAAAUGCUGACUUCAUUCCUGUGGCGUCAUCGCACGGCCGCUCUACGACCGGACCCGAACAAGGAGAUGCGGCUGAUAUUCAUCGUAAACGCGCGUCCCAAGCUCAGAAACCCGCCGCUUCCUCCGGGAUACUACGGAAACGCGUUUGCGUUCCCGGUCGCGAUCGCGACCGCUAGAGAACUAACGGAGAAGCCGUUGGAGUUCGCUCUGAGACUAGUGAAAGACGCGAAAUCGAGCGUGACGGAGGAGUACAUGCGAUCGCUCGCGGAUCUAAUGGCGACGAGUGGGAGACCGGGUUUCAACACCGACGGAGCCUACUUGAUAUCGGACGUCAGAAUUUUCGGAGACGUCGAGUUCGGAAUUUGGGGGAAACCGGUUUACGGAGGAAUCGGGACGGCCGGAGUUUCGAAUCUUCUGGAGUGUAGUUUCUACGUUUCGUUUGAGAACAGAAAAGGUGAGAGAGGGAUCGUUGUACCGGUUUGUUUGCCGGAGAAGGCGAUGAAGAGGUUCGUGGAAGAGCUCGACGCCGUGUUUAACGGUCUAGUCUCAACCAGUAAAGGAAGCAAAAGCAGUAACAAAGUGAUAAUGUCUUCUCUGUAA